UCGACCGGAAGUCGCGCGUGCCGCUCCGUAGCAACACCGGGGCAGAGGGGGGCAGAAGGCAGAAGGCUCUCCCGGAAAGCUGCAGCCGCAUCGGCUCUGAUAAUUUUCAACAUCGGGGGGUUCGGUCCAACAUGGCGGCUUACGGAUGGAAAUACUGAUGACAGUCCGAAAGAUCGCCUCGAUUUGUACGAUGGGCGCCAAUGCCUCCGCCUUGGAAAAGGAGAUCGGACCGGAACAGUUCCCCGUCAACGAGCACUACUUUGGAUUGGUCAACUUUGGAAACACCUGCUACUGCAACUCGGUGCUGCAGGCGCUGUACUUCUGCCGGCCGUUCAGGGAGAAGGUGCUGGCCUACAAGGUGCAGCCGCGUCGCAAGGAGUCCCUCCUCACCUGUCUGUCCGACCUGUUCAACAGCAUCGCCACGCAGAAGAAGAAAGUCGGAGUCAUCCCGCCCAAGAAGUUCAUCUCGCGGCUGAGAAAAGAAAACGAGCUGUUUGACAACUACAUGCAGCAGGACGCCCACGAAUUCCUCAACUACCUCCUCAACACCAUCGCCGACCUCCUCCAGGAGGAGAAGAGCCAGGAGCGACAGCAGAAUGGAAAGCUGGUGCAGAAUGGAGGAGGAGGAGGGACGGGAGGAGGAGGAAGUGAGGGAGGAGGAGGAGGAGGAGAGGGGGAAGGAGUAAAGGAGACGCAACAGACUUGGGUCCAUGAGAUCUUUCAAGGAACACUAACCAACGAGACGCGCUGCCUCAACUGCGAAGCUGUGAGCAGUAAAGACGAGGACUUCCUGGACCUCUCGGUGGACGUGGAGCAGAACACCUCCAUCACGCACUGCCUCAGGGGCUUCAGCAACACAGAGACGCUAUGCAGUGAAUACAAAUACUACUGUGAGCAGUGUCGCAGCAAACAGGAAGCCCAGAAGAGGAUGAGGGUGAAGAAGCUGCCCAUGAUCCUCGCCCUCCACCUGAAGCGCUUCAAGUACAUGGACCAGCUGCACCGCUACACCAAGCUGUCCUACCGCGUCGUCUUCCCCCUGGAGCUCCGCCUCUUCAACACGUCCGGCGACGCCACCAACCCCGACCGAAUGUACGACCUGGUGGCCGUCGUGGUGCACUGCGGCAGCGGACCGAACCGCGGACAUUACAUCACCAUCGUCAAGAGCCACGGCUUCUGGCUGCUGUUUGACGACGACAUCGUGGAGAAGAUCGACGCGCAGGCGAUCGAGGAGUUCUACGGCCUGACGUCGGACAUCUCCAAGAACUCUGAGUCGGGGUACAUCCUGUUCUACCAGUCCAGGGACUGAAGCCCCGACGAGACCCGUACGCCCCAACAGAGGGGGGGGGAGGGGCUUUACAGCCGCCACUAGGCUCCGCCCCCCACGACGCUCACAUAAGUACCCGGGCUUUAUUUCCUGCAGGCGGAGCUUUGCGCUGGUGGAGCGCCGCCCGGAUCGGUUGCCAGCCUCCUGGAUGACGGGGGGGGGGGGGGGGGGGCUGACAUCGGCUUGAGCACAGCGGCCAUUUUCUUUUCUUUUUUGGGAGGUAAAGGGACGAUGCAGAGUAACCCGUCUACUGUUGUUGUUUCUUCCCGUGUGUAUAAUAUACCGUGCUAAAUUAGCUUUACGCUAACACACAGCUAACGAGUGUUCACCACCCCCCCCUCCCCCUUUGUUUAAAAAGUCCAACCUUUUCAUAACAAAACCACCGACUUUGGAAUAACUUGAACCGUUUGCAGUGUUUGAAUCAUGAAGUGGUGCUAAAAAAAAAUAAUGAAAGAAAAGAGAUACGUUGACGAAUCUAAAAGAUUAUUAUUUGAGAUUUUUAUUUUUUACUAAGAAUUUAUUUUAAAUUAGUGCCGGUUGAAAAGAAAAAGUGUUUUAUUUUCCUUCUUCUUUUUUGUGCAAAAAUUGCUAAAAAAAAAAAAAAAAAGUAUAUAUAUAUUUUUUAAUCGGGCUUAUCGUGGUUUCCACAGCAACGCCGUUGGCUCAUUCGACACACGAGAGACCAACAUUUCAUAUUUCCUUUGAGUCGGUUCUGACACUUGGCUCUCAACACACACACACACACACACACACACACACACACACACAGCUGGUUCCUCCUGCAGCUCUGGCAGGCGGCGGGACGGUUACGCAACACCUUGCUCUCCAGGAUCCUUAAAUCGCAGCCGAACGGAUUUCCUCGGUUCGUCUUUUAACUCAAAGUUUAAGACGGAGUUCACAAACCUCAACGUGGACAUCUGGGACGUUUUAAAGACUUUACUCCCGAAAUCGAAGCUUUCUGAGACGCAGCCCCCUCCCCCCCCCCCCCCCU